AUGCUGUACCCCGAAAGAUUCGUACCGCUGCUGCUAUUGGCAGUUCUCAGCGCUAAUGCUAAACAGUUCGAUGAUCUGAUGCAAUGCAAAGUCCUCUUCGUCGCCGAUCUUUCCGACAGAGCGCCGGCUUCCGAGGUCCCGACGAUUGUUUCUACCAUAAAUACCCUAAUCCACACUUCUGCAACAAAUGCUUUGUCAUACUCGGUACCGUAUGAUGUCGUGAUUGUACUCUUCACGGGCAGUGACCCGAGCAAAUUCGCAGCCGCCGGGCAAAAUUACGUAAAAAAGUGGUCGACUGUUGGUGUGACGGUUGGCGCCGACGCAAGUCCCUUUGCCGCCUUAUCAAUUCCUUACCUGCAACCGCUAGCUAUUUUUCAAGCGGCCAUUCAACUCUGUGAAGUUCAGCCGACGCCAGGGACCAUUGAACCGAGCACAUGGGCGCCGACAAUGCCGACGAUGAUGGCGGAAUCUACUACCACCGAAGGAUACACCGAGGCCACCGGAAGCCCUCCAUCCGCCGCCAGCACCGAGGAAUGGUCGACAAACACCUGGGCGGUGUCGACGAGCGAGCCCCACACACCUUUC